AUGUAUCUUGUCACGCCCCAAGCCUAUCAUUAUUGUUAUUCGAAACAGCUAGAAGUUUUCAUGAUCAGUGAAUUUAUAUCGAAAAAAACAGAUGAAAAUGAAGUUAAUUGUGAACAUAAAACUGCAAUUUAUCUUGAACAUUGUAUUCCAAUAGAUGAUCAAAGCUUUAUUAAUAAUGUUGGUUGUAUUAACAAAGCUAAGCUUCAAAAUUUUAUUAAUGUAUUAGGAAAUAAAAUAGUCGGUUGGUAUUCAUUUAGAAGAAAUAGUUCUCUAGCUCAGUGUUCAUUAAAUGAAUUAUUAAUUCAUCAAUCACUGUUGGAAUUGUUACCCGAUGUUAAAAGUCAAUAUUUUGUCGCUUGUUUGAUGACUUCAACAUCGGCAUCGAAUAUGGCCACACAUACUUUUAAUCAUGUUUUCAUGACUUAUGAUCCAUACCAAACAAAGUUUGAGAAUCUAAGACUUAAAAUUUACACACUGAGUGACAAAAGUGUAAAUAAUAAUGGCUAUGUCAGUAAAAGUCUUUUUCCAAUGGCAGAAAGUUUUAAUGACAUUGUUUCACACAUGCAAGAAGAAGAAACUCCAGUGAAAUCAGUACUUGAAAUACAUAAAAAAGUUAAAAAUCUUUUAAAAGAUUUUGAUCAAAAACUACAAAAUAUCGACAAUUAUAAACUUCAACUAGAAAAAGAGGUUGAGGUUUUAAAAAGGAAACUAGCGAUAAAAAAACAAAAGAAUUUAAUUGAAAAUUUAGGUUCGGAAGUUUCAGAGAAUGAAGAAUUGAAAGUAAAAACAAUUAAAUAUAAUCCUGAUGUUAAAUACAAAAAUGUCAGAAAGUCUGUAUUUAUUCAACCAACAGUGCAUUCUCCUGUACAAAAUGAAAAAAUUAUUAAAAAAUGGACAGAUUGUUAUUAUAAGAAUGAAUGUUUAAAAAAUUCUCCUUUAAAAAGUGAUUCCGAUAACAGUAUGAGGAAAAACAUGGAGCAUAGUUUGCCUUCAGAAACUCCGAAAAAAAACAAUACUGCUAAUCAUAUAUCUUCAGAAGAAGAAAAUAAUUCUAUUGUGCAAGACAAUAAUAAAAGUAAAGAAACAGAUUUGAAUGAGGCUCAAAAAAAAUAA